AUGCACGCCUUGGUGAACGCCUUCAUGCGUUGCCUCUCCUUCCUCUUGCCUCCCUCUUGGCUUUGUGUCGGCUUUUGCUUGUGGGCUGGGAAUGAGUGCGAGGAGACGCUGCAGCCGCGGCCCAAUCACAGAGCUCGUUUCAAAAGCAGAAAGCCUCUUACAUAUGAGGAAGUGGCAGCACUAGCAGCGGCAUCGGUAGAAGCCCAAGGAGGCUCCAGCCCUUCGGUCUCCCCCGGUCCACCAGGCUGCGUCUCGCUGGCUGCUGCGACCCCCGCUGCUCCUCAGGGCCCUCCGUCGGGUCGGAUCUGGAUCGGGGGCCUCUGGCGAGCCGUGGAGCGCGUCCUCGGAGCCCCCUGGGUCCUCCUCCGCCAUCACUGGUGCCCGAAGACGAAGCGUCGAGCGGCUUUACGCGCCCCGUAUCCUGCCUGUGCCUUCACGUCGAGCAGGAUUCGAGGCGGCCAGGGAGGCGCCGCUGCCGCUGCCGCUGCUGCUGCUGCCGCCGAUACAUCCGCGGACGGGAAGGGAGCGGGUGGAGGCACCUUAACGUGUUCGGGCAACAUGAGCGGGUCCGCGGGGAGCCCCGACCCGAUCCCGGCGGAGUGCGUCCCGGAUGCGUCACCGGAGCGCGGCAUCGAUGAGGUAAUCACCGUGGAUCAGCACACCCAGGAGAUGGUGACGAUCACAGUGGCCAUUCAGGCGGCGGAGGACGAGGAGCCCGAAGAGGUCCCCUCCAAUAUUAUUGACUUCCUCGGGGGCAGCUGUAGUGAGGACGAAAUCGGAAGACAUGACAAAUCCAGCGGUGCCGGCACCGGCACCAGUGGAGGGGAGUUGGAGGAGGAGAGCUGGCAGCCCCCGGAUCCAGAGCUCAUCCAGAAGCUGGUCGCUCAGAUCGAGUACUACCUCUCCGACGAGAACUUGGAGCACGACGCCUUCCUGCUCAAACACGUCCGACGCAACAAACUGGGCUUCGUCAGUGUCAAGUUGCUCACUUCGUUCAAAAAGGUGAAACACUUGACCCGAGACUGGAGAACAACCGCGUACGCUCUGAGACACUCCGGUAUACUCGAGCUGAACGAGGAGGGGCGCAAAGUGCGGCGCAAAUCUGCAGUGCCGGUCUUCGCCAGCGAGUCGUUGCCCAGCCGCAUGCUGCUGCUCAGUGAUCUGCAGAGCUGGCCGGAGCUGGCAGCUCUCACUAAUGAUAAUGGAGGCGGCGGCGAGGGAGGAGCGGCUCAGCAGGAGCAACUGAUGAAGCUGUUGCUCAAGGAGUUUGGGGCGUACGGCGCCAUCGCCUCCGUCCGCGUGCUGAAGCCCGGGAAGGACCUGCCAGCCGACCUGAAGCGGCUGAGUGGCCGCUACACUCAGCUCGGCUCCGAGGAAUGUGCUAUCGUGGAGUUCGAGGAGGUGGAGGCCGCUGUCAAAGCCAACGAAGCCGUGGGGACCGAGGAUGGAAGUGCCGGCUCGCUGGGGUUGAAGGUGGUCCUGAUCGGCACCAAGCCGCCCAAGAAGAAGGUACCUAAGGAACGGCCGCGUGAGGAAGGAGGAAUGCGCAAAAGCCGCUCGCUCAACAGCAGGGUGCGAGAGCUCCAGUACCACGGGGACGACUCGGCCUGCAGCUCCUCGGACACGGAGAGCAACCCGACGUCCCCAAGGCUGGCCAGGAAGUCCCAGUCCUGCAAUAAGCUCAGCCCCACCACUGCAGGCCUCAACAUCCAGAACAAUCACCUCAGCCCCGGGAUAUCCCCCCGCAACAGUCCCUGGUCGAGCCCCCGCGCCAGCCCCUGUCCUCAGCGCAAAUCGCCCCACUCCCACAAGUCUCCCUUGGCCAGCGAGGGCCGACUGAGCCCAGAGCCCGGGCGCCGCUGGGCAGACUACUCCUCGGACAGUAGCCUCACCCCUUCGGGGAGCCCGUGGGUUCAGCGGCGCAAGCAGGUGGCGUCGCAGGAGAGCAGCCCGGUGGGCAGCCCGAUGAUGGGCCGGAAGAUCCAGAACGCCGACGGCCUGCCACUGGGGGUAACGAGGCUGCCCAGGGGCCCCGACGGAACCCGCGGCUUUCACUGCGUCUCUGUUGCCGAGAGGGGAAAGACUGCGGCUACUCAGACUUGAUAUGUGGAGCAACCUUACGCAUUCCUUUAUCUCCCCCCCCCCAAGAAAUAAAAAUGAUCUAUUUGAGCUUUUCUUGGCCGUGGUGCUCAGUCCCAACCUCCCCCCAUUCGAGAUUGUGUAGAUAUACUUUUGUUCAGUGUAUUUUUCCUGUUUUUCUUUUGUUAUAUUUUUAUACGACGUUUUGAGUUACCAUGGAAAUAUUAGUGAUUUACUAAUGGGAAUUUGAGUAAACGUAAAGUGAUAUGGCUUUUGAAAUGGACCAUGUCACCCCCAUUGCCGUCUAACUUGUUCUACAUGAGGCGGGUUGGAGAGGGAAUUCCACUUUUCAUGUUUUUGUCAUUUUAAUUGAAGUGUCCUCUGUCUUGUGUGUAAAAGCUCACAACGGUGUCUGUGGAUGGUGUAUAAAUGUGUAAGUGGUUUAGGCACAUGGACUUGAUAGAGAUAUCGCCAUAUGCCUUUUCUGUAUUCGUCUACUGAGUUCAUCACCUUUUUUUUUUACAUACUAUUUAAACUGAGGCCAUAAUCGCUCCACUGCCAUAAAGGUUGGACAGCUAAAUUUGGACAUGUUUUUUUUUUUAUUUAAUUUUUUUAUUUAGCCUUUUUUAAUUUCAGUAUUUUCCUGACACUUUGGCACUUGAGAAGGGUCUCUUCUCGCCCUUUAAAUGUUAAUUUGUCUGGCAGGUAGCUGCUUUAUUUAUUGUUUUAGCUUUAAUUUUUUUUAUUUUUCUCUGAAUCUUGUUACCAUCAGUUUUAGCUCACACUGAGGUUUAAGGGAUGUUCGGGUCAGGCAGAGAAGAAGAAAAAAAAUGCGUUAUGUUCUUGCCUUUACAUCUGAGCUGGGGUAUUUGUACAGUGCAAUUCCUAUUGUACAAAUAAAUCACUAACAUUGCAAUUGA